AUGGCCAAGCCUCUGUCGGGGCAGGUGUGCGUGGUGACGGGCGCCUCUCGAGGCAUCGGCAAGGGCAUCGCGCUGCAGCUGUCCGGGGCGGGCGCCACCGUGUACAUCACGGCUCGGCACCGCGAGGCGCUGGAGGCGGCGGCGGCGGAGGUGCGGGCCCGCGGCGGGAAGUGCGUGCCGGUGGUGUGCGACUCGUCCCGGGAGGAAGACGUGGUGGCGCUGUUCGAGCGCGUCCGGCAGGAGCAGGCGGGCCGCCUGGACGUGCUGGUCAACAACGCCUUCUCCGGGGUGGGCUCCAUCGUGGAGGGGUUCGGGCUGCCCUUCUGGGAGAGCUCGACGGCCCUGUGGGACCAGAUCAACAACGCGGGCCUGCGGGGCCACUACAUCUGCACCGUCUACGCCGCCCGGCUGAUGGUGCCCGCCGGCAGGGGGCUGGUCGUCACCAUCUCGUCGCCCGGAGGGCUGCGCUACAUGUUCGACGUGCCCUACGGGAUCGGCAAGGCCGCCUGCGACCGCCUGGCCGCCGACUGCGCCGUCGAGCUGCGCCCCUUCGGCGUGGCCUCGGUGGCGCUGUGGCCGGGCUUCGUGCGCACCGAGAGCCUGGCGCAGGAAGUGGAGCACAGGACGGGGCCCAUGAUGGCGAAGCUGAAGAAGAUGGCCUCCAUGGGAGAGACCCCCGAAGUGAGCGGGAAGUGCGUGGUGAGCCUGGCGUCGGACCCGCGCGUCAUGCGCCACAGCGGGAAGGUGCUCCUCAACCCGGACCUCGCUCGCCUUUACGGCUUCAAGGAUGUGGACGGCAGGGAAGUCUUCAACUACCUCUCGGUGCGGGACAUCCUCUCGGAGCUGAUGCCCAAACUGGCCGGUUUAUUCCGCCUCAUACCUCGGUUCAUCACCAUCCCCAAGUGGGCUCUCGCUCUCUAUUCUAGCAAGUUUUCCGUUUACCCACCCAUCCAACCGCCUCAACUUAAAUCAAAAAAACAAGCCUAA